AUGGAUUCAUCUGUAUUUGUGCUCGUACCGUAUGAUGGCGUUUGGACUUUGGAGGGUUUUGAACCGGUUUUGCAUGAGGAGUUGGAGGUGGACCCCUUGGUGUUUGAAUUGAAGUUAGAAGUUCUUUACAUGUACAUGAAAGGCACUAAGUUUCCACCUGAGGUUUUAGUGAAAGAUAGUCAACUACGAGUGUUCUUGAGCAUGAAGGCAAAAAUGAGUGUGGACAACUUGUUGCCACUAUUUGUGACUAAGGUGAAGAAGAAUGUGAAUUUGGAGCGAGACUCCCAGAAAUAUGAGUUCGAUGCUCCCUUUUACAACAAUGAUCCUGUGGUCGAUUUGGGUGUGGAUGAUGAUGUGGCUGCUGAUGUACCUCCCCUGAGGAUGGAACUAACUCCAAGCAACCAAUGGUACGCCUUCGGGGAGAUAUAUCUUGGCAAGUUGUACAAAAACAAGGAAGAAUUGAAGAAUGUAGUUGACAUUCGAUCACCGGCAAGGCGACCGUGGGUCAUUGGUCACAUUAUUAAGAACAAGUACACAUCCGAUGGAUCUAACUACAAGGCAAAAGACAUACAGAGGGAUAUGUUUGAUGAAUAUGGCAUCAAGAUGAGUUACGAGAAAGCUUGGAGAUGUAGAGAGAAGGCAGUUAUGUACAAGAGGGGUACUCCAGCAGAAUCUUAUACGAAAUUAUAUGGUUACUUCUACAUGCCGGAACGAAUAAUCCAUAUCGACGGAACAUUCUUGAAGACGAAGUAUGGAGGAACACUGUUAGUUGCUGUUGCGUACGAUGCAAACAACCAAUUGUUUCCGGUAGCCUUUGCAAUUGUUGACAGUGAGAAUCAUGACUCUUGGAAGUAUUUCUUGCGAAAGUUGAAGGAAGCCAUUGGUCCGGUUGAAAAUCUUAUGUUCAUAUCGGAUAGGCAUCAAAGCAUUGAACAUGCUGUUGAUGUUGUUUUCCCAGAAGCAUGCCACUCUUACGCAUGGAACAAGACGGAAUGUGAUAGGCAUUUUGAGGUGCUGAAACAGAUGUACCCUGCCAUUGCUACAUACGUCGAGCAAAUAGGGUUUGAAAAGUGGGCUCGUCCUUAUUGUCCAGGCGAUCGGUACAACAUAAUGACAAGCAACGCUGCCGAAAGCUUCAACAAGGUGACAGAAGAAUUCAGAAAAUAUCCAGUAACUAUUUUGGUUGACUUCAUCAGGUUCACACUUCAAAAUUGGUUUGCUUCUCGUCUCGAAAAGGCUAGUAAGUGCGCUACUCCUUUGGCUACUACUUUUGAAAAUGAUUUAAAGGAUCAACACAAAGAUGGUAUGUUCAGGAGUGUCCUUCGUAAUGGUGCCCAAUUGUUCAACGUUGGUACGAGUCCUCAAGGUGAGAGAGGUGGUGAUGUGAACUUAGUGGAGAGAACAUGCACUUGCGGACUUUUCCAAAUGCUGAAAAUCCCUUGUCCACAUGCAUGUGCCGCAGCAGUUAGUCAGAAUGUGAGCGUGUACACACUUUGCUCUCCAUAUUACACUAAAGAAACGUGGAAGAAAACCUACGAUGCCACAAUUAAUAUUGUUGGCGAGGAGGAUGAGUGGGUACUACCGGAACAUAUCAAGAACAUAAGAAUCGGGGUACCAGUGGAGAAAAAACCAGUAGGUCGGCCUAGGAAGAGCAAUGCAGGUAGAAGACCGACGAAGCGUCGACCGUCUAGUGGUCAGGUGGUAGUGGAACCUCGUCAUUGUUCGCUAUGUCACGGUUCAGGGCACAACAGAGCUACAUGCAAAGCUCGAGUUUGA